CAAAGAGCGGUCCGAGGCGCCCGCCCGGGGCCGCGGUGACACCCGCCGGGGAGGAGCCAUUCGCGGGCUGCCCCGGGGGCGGGGGGGCAGCGGGGGAACUUAUAAGAGCCGCGUCCCGCCAGAAGAGCUGGGGCGGGUGUUUGGUGCAGCUGCGAGUGACGGUGCUGGCAGAGGCGCGGCGGCAACAACAACUUGAGAGCCCGGGACCGUUAGAUGGCUCAGAGCAUGGACAACAGCCUUGACGGCCUGGAUCUCUCCUCUGGGUUCACCAUUGAAUUUUCUGACAAUGGCACAGAUGAGGUUGGUUCAGGUGACUAUGGAGACUACGGAGAGCCAUGCUUUCAGCAUGAGAACGCUGAUUUCAACAGGAUCUUCUUGCCCACAAUCUACUCCAUCAUCUUCCUGACGGGAAUAAUCGGCAAUGGAUUGGUUAUUGUUGUUAUGGGCUACCAGAAGAAACAAAGGAGCAUGACAGAUAAAUACAGGCUGCACCUCUCUGUGGCUGACCUCCUUUUCGUCAUCACCUUGCCAUUCUGGUCUGUGGAUGCGGCCAUAAGCUGGUACUUUGGGAAUGUUCUGUGUAAGGCAGUUCAUGUCAUUUACACAGUCAACCUCUAUAGCAGUGUCUUGAUUUUGGCCUUUAUAAGUUUAGAUCGCUACCUGGCAAUAGUCCAUGCCACCAACAGCCAGCGACCACGAAAGCUGUUGGCUGAGAAGGUGGUGUAUGUGGGCGUGUGGCUACCAGCUGUGCUUCUGACAGUGCCUGACAUAAUUUUUGCCAGUACUAGUGAAGUGGAAGGAAAGUAUCUAUGCGAUCGCAUGUAUCCUCAUGAGAACUGGCUGAUUUCUUUCAGAUUUCAGCAUAUCUUGGUAGGACUUGUCCUGCCUGGUCUAAUAAUCCUGACUUGCUACUGUAUUAUAAUAUCUAAGCUGUCGCAUUCCAAAGGCCACCAGAAGCGCAAAGCCUUGAAGACAACGGUUAUCCUCAUCCUCGCCUUCUUUGCCUGCUGGCUGCCAUAUUAUAUCGGCAUCAGCAUCGACACAUUCAUCUUGCUAGGAGUCAUCAGACAUCGUUGCAGCUUGGAAACAAUUGUGCAUAAGUGGAUCUCCAUCACUGAAGCCCUGGCAUUCUUCCACUGUUGCCUGAAUCCAAUUCUGUAUGCCUUCCUGGGCGCCAAAUUCAAAACAUCAGCACAAAAUGCCUUGACAUCAGUUAGCAGAGGAUCAAGCCUCAAGAUUCUUUCAAAAAGCAAACGUGGGGGACAUUCUUCUGUUUCUACAGAGUCCGAGUCUUCAAGUUUCCAUUCCAGCUAACGCUGCUCCUUGCCAUCAUUUUAUAAAUAGACACUUUAAAGUCGGGCAAGAUUUCAGAAAAACAAGACUGACCAUAAUGUACAGAUUUAUUUACAGUUGGAAUUUUAUAUUGGUUCUUUUAGUUUUUGUGAAGUUUAAUUGACUUAUUUAUAUAAAAAAACUUUCGUAUUGAUGACAAACUGUCUAGGCGGGUCCUGUGGACAAGUGGUUAGUUCGCAAAAGUUUUAGUGCUUGUAUGUAUAGAUAUGUGAACUAAACACUUCUGGAUUGUAGCAAGUGACUGUUAAAAGUUUAGAAAAUAUUCCUCUGUUGUUUAUAUGUAAAUGUUUUCAGUGUUGCUGUUAAAUUCUUAAAACUUUUGGCUGGAGUUUUUUACCUUACUACAAGAUGUUUGGUUUACAAUAGCUUAACUCUGCUGUAGAAAUGGCACUUAUAACCAAAGCCUCCUCUGUUACAUCCUAGGGAUUUUUUCCCCAUUCUCAGUAACUGAUGGUUUGCAAAAAAUUCUGUUCAAGGUAAAUAAAAGUAUAAGACAAAAA